AUGGAUGAAUUAUUCGAUCAAUUAGAAUUAGAGAUUUCUGAAUGCAAGACUUCAAUGUCAGAAUAUGAUAGAGAUUUAAAUAAAUGUUUAGGAAAAUAUGAAAUAAGUACUAAUUUCUUACAUAACAAUAGAAUCCAUAUAAGAAACAUAUCAAACUGUCAUUUAUUCAUAAACAAAUUAAAAUUGUUAAAAUGCACCUAGUUUUUCUUUUACCAAGACUUCUAGAUUUAGAGAACCUUAAAAAGAUAAUUUAAUAAAUGAACUUCCUUUAAAUGUUUCAAUAUCAAGCAUCAAAGUAAAUUUGUUAUUUCUACUAUCAAGUAAGCUUAGCCAAGUGUAACAUUUACUAAGAGUUAAAGAUUUUAAGAGACAAAGGUGAUUCCAACUACACCAUUAGAACCAAAUUAUGAUUUUGUUAAGAGAAAAGCUAGUUCUGUAGUCAUUUCAGAUUCAAAGAUUAGAGAUGAUGAUGUUUCAACUCAGGCAUCCAUGAUAACAGUUGGGCCAGGAAGUUACGAAGUGGACAUAAAGGAGAAGAAACAAUUAAAUCGUACAUUUGCAAAGGAUGAGAGAUUUUUAAAACUGAAAGCAAAUAAUCAAGAAGCGAUUAAUCCAAAUUACAAUUCUAUCCGUCCCAAUAUUCCUAUUCCAAAAAUUAGUAAGCCUAUAAAGAAAAACAAAUACUAAAUUUAAAGAGAUGAAAUUAAUCGCAUGAAUGAACAACUAAGAUUAGAAGAAUAUAGAAGAAGACCAUUAGAAUUAGACAAAGCAAUUAGAUAAAAUAUAACAGGAGUAGUUAUUAAAUAAGCUUAUAAUGAUUUUAAUUCACAUCCAAAAGGAUCAAAGAUGAGAAGAUUUUUGAUUAGAAAAUUAUUAGAUGAUAUUCAAGCAAUAACAGUAGGACCAGGCUAAUAUGAGAUUCAUGAAGAAAAACAACCUUGUAUGGUUGUGUUCAAAAGUCAUUCUACAGAAAGAAGAAUCCCUCCUGAUAGACCUGUACCUGGACCAGAUUAUUAUUAUUCUAAAGAUGAUUAUAUUAAACCCAAUCCUAUACAAGUGAAAUUUGGAAAAGAAGAAAGAAUUAAGAAGAUAAAGAAGGAAGAUUUGGAUAUGAGACCAAAUCUUGAAGUAAAUGUAGAUCCCAUAAAAACAAAAGCUCCUGAUGCUGUUAGAUGGGAUAUUGAACCUACUAAACCAAGAAUGACUUUUGAGAUCGAGGACAAGGUAGCUCCAGGAUAUUAUGAUCCAUCUCAUGUUUAAGUGGAUCCAGCAAUUAAAGGAGUAAAAAUUGCUCCAUUGAAUGAAAAAAAUGAUAGGAUUAAUGUGAUCGAUCCUACUAAAGGGAAAGACUUUAAUGAUUAUGAAGAGCAACUUUAUCCUACAUUAGAUGGAGUAAAACCAUAGAUUUAGACUUUUAAAUAUCAUGAAGAUACAGAUGUAAAACCAAUACAUCCACCAGAUAAAGAAUUAUUUCCAGAAUAACAUAGAUUUUAUGAUGUGAAUAUGGAUGCAAUCAGAGAAUAAUUAGUUUAAGAUAUUCAAUUAGCAGGUAAGAAAGGUAGAGGUUUAAAAGAAUGGCUGCAAUAUUUUGAUGAUAUGACUAUGUUUAAGAAAUAUAUGUAGAGAAGAAAUAAGCAACCAGAAAUAGGUGAAUAUGAUGUCCAAUUUAAAUAGAUUGAUAAGGAUCUUAAGACUGUUAAUUUCAAUAGAUAUAUAGAAAUUGAUCAUGAUCCAAUCUAAAAACCUGAUGGACCUUUAGAUGGAGAUAAUUUGAUUUUGAAUCCUGAUAAACCUAAACCACAUAUUCCUACUUUAGAUUUUGAAAAAUAAUCAGAUCCAAGACCUGAACCUGAGAUAAAAGAAGUUGAAUUAUUAUUGAAUGUUGAUUAUGCUCCAAUAAAACCUAGAGUUAAAAAUAUUCCAAAUUUUGAAAAAUAAUUAGAAAGACCAGAAGGACCUUAGAUUAAGGAUUAAGAAGCUAUUAUUGAACCUAAAUUUGAUUAAGUUGAAAAAAGAGUGAUUGGAAAUGUUAAUUUUGAAAAAUAACCAGAAAGAGCAGAUGAUCCUAGAUAUUAACCUAAGGUUGAUAACAAUGUCUUAUAAAUUGAAGUGAAACCACCUAGAGAUGAAAGAACAGCUGUUUAAAUGAAUUCAAAAACAAAAAGAUUUGGUGAAAAAUAAGGUGAUAAUGAUUAAUAAUAAUAAUAAUAAGUACCUGCUGCAAUUAAUAUAUCUAAAAUAGAAAAAGCUGAAAAAGCUAUUAGACCAAAUAUACCAGGAGUGAAUUUAUCAAAAUAAAGUGGUAGAAAAGAUUUUAUUAUAAAAUAAAAAAAAUGA